UCUAUGUUACAUAGCAGAGUAUUCACAUCGCGAACAAUCGACAUACCCAACCAGACCUUUCUUGCGAUGUCAUCAACGCGGGGUAUCGCGGUGUUUGGCGGGACCUGCAUGCUUGCCGCCGGUAUCAUGUACUACGUUCAUAUAACGGAGAGCGAAACACGCUUCAAAAUGAAGCAAGGGCCGAAGCGCGAUAGGGAGCGGUUGGAGGCGGCCACAAGCAAGUUAUUUGAGCAAGCAAUGUCGGAUGAAAUGUUUGAAAGGGGCGCCCAGGUGGACGCAGGCGUGGACGACGCCACGUUGCGGCCAUCCAGCAGCCGAUGAGCGGCCUCAGCAGCUGAAGCAUUGUGCUAUGACUAACGGGAAUACAAGCUGACCUGGCGCGGACGAGCUUCAUCUUGGGGAAAGACUCGGGGGUGAAAGGGAAGGGCACAUGCGGUAUUCAUGAACCGUUGUGGAAGCGCACCGUGCCCGCGAUUGCGGCACGGUGUAGUAGUAGCUAGCAAUGCAUUGCAGGACUUAAUGUAGCGUUUGUCCAUUCCGACAGCAAGCGCCGAACAGUCGCGCACAUUGGGUAAGGGUAGCGGGCAGGCGUGAUGGGGGAUUACCGGCUUAGGGUUUCAGCCUUUCAGGUACCCGGUGUUACAAAGGCAAACAACAAGCAGUACUCGGUGUGUUUAGGCUUUCUAUUUCGUGGUAGGGGCGAUCAUGUAGAACGGCGCAGCGCAGGCUGAUGAGGCCCGCGCCGCCCGCAUGCCGGGUGGCGUGCACAUCUGAGAGGUGCUGGGGGAUGAUCUGUGGGUCGGUGGAGCACUGGGAGAGUGGCACCGUUAAUAUGGUUAAUGCCUUGCAAUCCGCUUGCUUGUUCGUGAGUAUAACUUGUUAUUCCUUCGCACCUUGCUCUUGUCAAGGAAGGGCGGGAGGCGCAGGCUACCGGCAACUUAGCACCGCAACAAAGUACGGCAGUGACCGUGUUGCGUGUUCAGCGUGAGCUGGAACAGGCUGGAAGGGUGGAAGGAUAGCGCGACUCUGUCUUCCAGUGGGCUCUGACGUUGAUUCGUGUACAUGAGGAAGGAGCGAAGGAGGAUAGAACGAGGACAGCCCCGGUACAUAUCGGGGGAUUGCCCCUCCGCCGAUGCACACGCUUGCAAGAGAUGUCGAGCAGCGUCGCUCCGGCGCUCCGGCGAGGUACGUCUCAUGAAAUUUAUAGUGACAUGUAAUAGUUGAUUCAAAGGAAACAAUGGCCAUAAUGG